AUGUCACCUCAGUAUUGUGAUCCUUUAGGUGCAAGUGGAAAAGCCCAUCUAGUUCAGUUCCUUGAGUAUCAAUUUCGCCGGAAUUGGGGACAUCGGAUUGUAAAGUUUGCGGAAUCUGACCUGAUUCUUACUGAAUUGAGCUCGUUUCAGGUUAAAUCUAUCCAAGGGCACAAUUCUGUAGCAUCUUUUGUUGGGAUUGUUAGAAGGAUAGAGCUUUCUUGUCCGGUGAUUAUGAGGAAAAGGUAUCUACAUCAAACUGCCAAUCCAUUUGAUCAAUAUCCUUUUGAGACAUUCUGGUGUGGCUCAUGGCAAACCGUGGAGCGUUUGAGAAUCAGGGAGGGCUCGAUAAGCAUUCAUGUUGUAGAUAAUGGAGAGGUGAUUGAGGAGAAUAUUCCUAUGUCAAACCUUCGAAUAAGAUCAAGAAAAGCAACUUUGUCUGAUUGCACCUGCUAUCUAAGACCAGGAGUUGAUAUUUGUGUGCUUUCAACUUCUCAACAUACCGAAAACCCAGAUGACGAGGAUAAUCUGGAUCCUGUCUGGCUUGAUGCUAAAAUAAGUUCUAUUGAGAGGAAACCUCAUGAAGUUAAAUGUGCUUGCCAAUUCUACAUUAACCUCUAUGUCACCCAAGGGCCGGCUGGUAUGGCAAAGAAAGCACUUAGUAAAGAGGUAAAUAUGGUGCAAAUUGAUCAAAUUUCUGUUCUUCAAAAGCUUCAACCAAAGCCUUGUGAGGAUACCCACCACCGUUGGAGUUUCACUGAGGACUAUACAUCACGGAAUACGUUUAAGUUGUUCACAGGAAAAUUCUCCUCUGACCUUACAUGGUUGGUUGUGGCAUCUGUCUUAAAGCAAAUUGUAUUUGAUGUAAGUUCCAUACAGAACCAGAUCGUCUAUCGCAUUUUGGAUAGUGAUGACAUGUGUGCACCAAAUUCCAAGAACCAUUUAAAGGCUAUAAAUUUCAAGUUAGACAAUGAAGUUUUGACCCCAAUAAUAGUACCAUUUGUUCAAGAUGAUACUCAAGAGGAGGGACCUGGAUGUGACCUGCGUGAAGAUGGACCAUUGUCCUCUCCUGAUCUCAUGGAGUUGAGGCGCUCAAAGCGUCGACUAGUGCAACCUGAGCGUUACUUGGGAUGUGAUAAUUUGCAAGAUUUGGAUGUUGACACUUCUCGGAUAGGGAUACAAAAGACAUACAAAUGGGAAUAUGAAGAAAUGCCAUUGGCACUAUCAGUCCAGGCCGAUCAUGCAUAUCAUUCAGAGAAUCAUGGUGAGGGUGAAAAUGGGGUCAAGCUUUAUAAAAGCAGUAUGCACGAAAAUUUUCUUAUACGCCCAAGUAAUACCAAAUCAAGGGAGGAGAAAUCAAUUGUCCUAGGUCAAGGAGAACAUACUGAUAUUACUAAACUUGCUAUAGUUCCUCUGCCUGCUGAAAGUAAUCAAACAGUCCAUCAAAGGGCUUCUCUUUAUACUGAGAUUCCUGAAGUUCAUUCAGGAGAGAUUGAUAGGAUCAUUUCUAGUUAUAGAUACAUAAAUGGUUCAGCUGCAGCACAUAGAAAAAAACCUUCUGAGGUGAACUCCAUGGUGGUAGAAGAUAUAAAGGAUGGGAAAAGUUCACAUAAGAGAUGCCGUAGAAAAAGGGAUCGUUCAAUGUUUUCAGAAAGGGAGAGUAUCUAUGAUGUAAGAUCCUUUAAGAAUGGAUCUUUGAGUGCAAAUGUGUACAGGGAAAUGAUAAGAAGAUGCAUGAAAAACAUAGAUGCAUCGAUGAAUCAAGAUCAGCCAUUAGUGGAGGAUCAGUGGAAAGAGUUUCAGGCAGCAAGUUCAAACCAAAGGGAUUGUGAUGAGAAAACCUCAGUGACCACUGAGGACGAAAGUUCAGAGAUUGAAAUGUUGUGGAAGGAAAUGGAACUCGCAAUGGCAUCAAUAUAUUUUCUCGAAGAAAGUGAGGAUUCUCAUGUUGAAGUCCCUGCCAACGGACAAUGGUCAAGUAAACAAAGUGGACGGCCUUGUCGACAUGAAUAUAAAUUGAAUGAAGAAAUAGGAAUCGUGUGCCAGUUAUGUGGAUUUGUGAGCAUUGAAAUAAAAGAUGUCUCGCCUUCCUUUAUGCCAUGUACGAGCGGCAACACACACAAGGAACGAAGGACCGAAGGUGAUUCAGAACACAAACCAAAGGAUGAUGGGGCCCUUGAUAUUUUCUGCAUUCCUGCUACCUGCAGCACACCUUUGUCUGAAGGGGACGACAAUGUGUGGGCCUUAAUACCUGAUCUUAAGGGUAAAUUAAGAUUCCACCAAAAGAGAGCGUUUGAAUUUUUAUGGCGAAACAUCGCUGGUUCUUUGGUACCAGCACAUAUGGAAUCAGAAAGCAAGAAAAGAGGUGGUUGUGUUAUCUCUCAUACCCCUGGAGCUGGAAAAACCUUACUCGUCAUCGCAUUCCUUGUGAGCUACCUGAAGCUAUUCCCUGGAUCAAGGCCUUUGGUUCUUGCUCCAAAGACAACACUCUAUACUUGGUACAAGGAAAUAAUCAAGUGGAAAAUUUCUAUUCCAGUUUAUCAAAUUCAUGGUGGUCAAACAUACAGAGGUGAAGUCUCUAGGCAGAAAUUGAAAUUGCCCCCUGGGAUUCCCCGCAACCUUGAUGUUAUGCAUGUUUUGGACUGUCUAGAAAAAAUACAGAAGUGGCUUGCACAUCCAAGCGUCCUUCUCAUGGGCUAUACUUCAUUCUUAACAUUGACCCGCGAAGAUUCAAAGUAUGCUCACAGGCAAUAUAUGGCCCAAGUGUUGCGGAAGUGCCCUGGGAUUCUGAUACUCGAUGAAGGGCACAACCCCAGAAGCACUAAGUCAAGGUUAAGGAAGGCUUUGAUGAAAGCAGAUACAGGGUUGAGGGUUUUGCUCUCAGGUACUUUGUUUCAAAAUAAUUUUGGGGAAUAUUUUAACACGCUCUGCUUAGCAAGACCAAGAUUUGUCAAGGAGGUGUUGAAGGAGCUGGAUCCAAAGUUCAAGAGGAGAAAAAAAGGUGUCAUAACACGCUUCUCUAUUGAAAACCGAGCACGGAAAUUUUUCAUUGAUAAAAUUGGAAAGAAGAUCGAUUCCAAUGUAUCCAAAGAAAGAUUGCAGGCUCUAAAUAAGUUGAGGAAUAUAACAAAUGGUUUUAUAGAUGUGCAUGAAGGUGGAAGUUCUGACAACCUUCCUGGUUUACAGUGUUACACCUUAAUGAUGAAGUCAACCGCUCUUCAACAAGGGAUUCUGGUAAAGCUUCAGAAUCAAAGGCCUGUUUACAAAGGAUUUCCACUAGAAUUGGAGCUAUUGAUUACCCUUGGGGCGAUACAUCCUUGGUUGAUCAGAACUACAGCAUGUGCAAGUCAAUAUUUUAGUAAGGAGGAGUUGGAUUCUCUUGAGAAUUUCAAGUUUGACCUGAAGUUAGGUUCAAAAGUGAGAUUUGUUAUGAGCCUUGUGCCUCGGUGUCUCCUCAGGAAGGAGAAAGUUCUGAUCUUUUGUCACAACAUUGCUCCCAUUAAUCUAUUUCUAGAGAUAUUUGAGAGGUUCUAUGGCUGGCGAAAGGGUGAAGAAGUUUUGGUUCUUCAAGGGGACCUUGAACUCUUUGAACGAGGAAGAGUGAUGGAUAAGUUUGAGGAGCCGGGGGGUGCAUCAAAGGUAAUGCUGGCUUCCAUUACAGCUUGUGCUGAAGGCAUUAGUUUGACUGCAGCAUCUCGGGUGAUCCUGUUGGACUCGGAAUGGAAUCCUUCCAAGAGCAAGCAAGCGAUUGCACGAGCUUUUCGGCCUGGUCAGGACAAAAUUGUCUAUGUGUAUCAGCUCUUGGCCACUGGCACCUUGGAAGAAGAGAAACACAGUCGAACGACAUGGAAGGAGUGGGUGUCCAGUAUGAUAUUCAGUGAGGAGCUCGUGGAGGAUCCAUCUCAUUGGCAAGCGCCAAAAAUAGAAGAUGAAUUGUUGAGGGAGAUAGUGGAGGAGGAUCGAGCUACGNACACAGUCGAACGACAUGGAAGGAGUGGGUGUCCAGUAUGA